AAUGAGAACUGGAGGAGGCUGGGAAACAAACAGGGAGUGUUGUGUAGACUAGAGGCCGCAGUGUUCAUAUUAUACGCAUCGAUAUCACAAAAAUGAUCGAAUAAACGGCUCGUUUGGCGGAUUGGAAUGCACAACUAGCGUGCAAGGAAGCAGAAGACGAUAUUUCCCGCAGAUCUUUACUGAAGACAAACCACCACCAUCAAAUCCAGCAUGCGGCAUUUUUACGCGCUGAUCUUGCAUCUAAAAUGAACACAAACGCGUCCUGAGACACUCACAUAUCUGUGGUAUCUCCUCGCGGUGAUUCUUAUUGGAUUUGGGAAGACGAUUAACAUUAAAGGCGUUAGUUCUUCAUUCAUGCAAAUAUCGCAGGAAUACUGAAGAUCAUCUGUUUGUCUGUCAUUGUGGGUUUAUUUUAGUGACAAUAAAGGACUCGUAAAGUCACAAGUGAUUUCAACAUCACAGAGCAGUGCCAUGUACCCCCCGUCCAAACAGCUGAUGCCCACAUAGAGGUCUCUGAUCAGACACCCUCUGGCUGCAGAGGAUGCUGGGAAUGUGUCGUGGGCGCAGGAAGUUUGUGGCUGCCUCCCUCGCCGUGAUAUUUAUCCCGGCCCUCACCUGGCUCUAUCUGUCAUCCGCAAAUUUCACAGUCAAACCGCUGCCUCUGUCACCGCUGGAUCCUCAGUCAUCUGUGCUGAUUGGAGCGGCCGCUGAGCAUCAGGAUUUGGAGCUGCGGCUACGAGAUGUGGAGGAACAUAACCAUGCGCUGCGGAGAGAGAGUAGCCUGCCACCCAGGGUUCCAACCCAUAGCAGCCAUCAUAGCAACAGUCGCCAAGGCAACCAGUUACACACCCACUCCACAGAAGAGGGUACAGGUGAUAGCGAGGCUAAAAAAGGAAUUGCCUCAGGCAACAGCUCGGACUGUGUGCCUCAGCCUGUGGUGAACAAAUGUGAGACCAUUCAUAUUGCCAUUGUGUGCGCGGGUUACAAUGCGAGCAGAGAUGUUGUCACUUUGGUCAAGUCAGUUCUGUUUCACAGACGGAACCCACUCCACUUCCAUUUCAUCACCGACUCCAUCGCUCGGAAGAUCCUGGCCGAUCUCUUCCACACCUGGAUGGUGCCGGCCGUUCAUGUCAACUUUUAUGACGCUGAUGAGCUGAAGUCUGAGGUGUCUUGGAUCCCUAAUAAGCAUUAUUCUGGCAUCUACGGGCUGAUGAAGCUGGUACUGACCAAGACACUGCCCUCUGACCUACAGAAGGUCAUCGUCCUGGAUACUGACAUCACCUUUGCCACGGACAUUGCUGAGCUGUGGGUCGUCUUCCACAAGUUCAAAGGUCAGCAGGUUCUUGGUUUGGUAGAGAAUCAGAGUGAUUGGUACCUGGGGAACCUGUGGAAGAACCAUCGGCCAUGGCCAGCGCUGGGCAGAGGCUUUAACACUGGUGUGAUUCUGCUGUUGUUGGAUCGUUUGAGGAAACUAAAGUGGGAACAGAUGUGGCGGCUGACAGCAGAGAGGGAGCUCAUGAGCAUGCUGUCUACAUCACUCGCUGAUCAGGACAUCUUCAAUGCUGUAAUCAAGCAAAACCCGUUCCUGGUGCACCAGCUGCCCUGCUUUUGGAAUGUUCAGCUGUCGGAUCACACUCGCUCCGAAAAGUGCUACAAAGAUGUGUCUGACCUCAAGGUCAUUCACUGGAACUCUCCGAAGAAACUGCGUGUAAAGAACAAACAUGUGGAGUUCUUCAGGAAUCUCUAUCUGACAUUCCUGGAGUAUGAUGGGAAUCUGCUGAGGCGAGAGCUCUUUGGCUGUCCCAGCGAAACAGACCACAACUCUGAGAAUCUUCAAAAAACCCUAUCUGAGCUGGAUGAAGAUGACCCAUGUUAUGAGUUUCGUCGGGAGCGCUUCACAGUGCACCGCACACAUGUCUAUUUCCUGCACUAUGAGUACGAACCAGCCUUAGAUAACACUGACGUGACACUGGUGGCCCAGCUAUCUAUGGACAGGCUUCAGAUGCUAGAGGCCAUCUGUAAACACUGGGAAGGGCCCAUCAGUCUGGCCCUCUACCUCUCAGAUGCCGAAGCUCAGCAGUUCCUGCGAUACGCUCAGGGCUCUGAGGUCCUGAUGAGCAGGAGCAACGUGGGAUACCACAUAGUCUAUAAAGAAGGCCAGUUCUACCCUGUUAAUCUGCUGCGUAAUGUUGCUAUGGGGCAGGUCAACACGCCCUACAUGUUUCUGUCGGAUAUUGACUUUUUGCCCAUGUAUGGACUCUAUGAGUACCUCAGGAAAUCGGUUGUUCAGCUUGAUAUGGCAAACACUAAAAAGGCUCUUGUGGUUCCUGCGUUUGAAACACUGCGUUAUCGACUGUCCUUUCCCAAAUCUAAAGCAGAGCUCCUUUCACAGCUCGACAUGGGCACUCUAUUCACAUUCAGAUACCAUGUCUGGACAAAAGGUCAUGCUCCAACAGACUUUGCCAAAUGGAGAACAGCUACAACACCAUACCGAGUUCAGUGGGAGGCUGACUUUGAGCCUUAUGUAAUGGUCAGACGAGAAAGCCCAGAGUAUGACCGGCGCUUCGUGGGGUUUGGGUGGAAUAAAGUAGCUCACAUCAUGGAGCUGGAUGCUCAGGAGUACGAGUUUGUGGUUCUACCCAACGCCUACAUGAUCCACAUGCCCCACGCGCCCAGUUUUGACAUCACCAAGUUUCGCUCGAACAAACAGUACCGUGCUUGUCUGAAGACACUGAAGGAGGAGUUUCAGCAGAAUAUGUCCCGGCGCUAUGGUUUCGCCGCACUCAAAUACAUGACAGUGGAUAACAACAGCUAGCCGAGCACAUUGUUCAGCAAAUCGAUAAAAUAACUGUCAUGAGCUGAUCCAGGAGUGCUGUGUGACAGCCCCUUUAUGGAUGUAUUCAGUGAAACUGAAAUUGCAGGGUCAUUAGGAGGCACGGCUUGUGAUCAUCCAUUCAUUCAGGGAUCUGAUAAGAUGUUUAUCAGUGGUGUUUGACAAAGGUGCCGAGAAAUAAACUGAUUAGAAGUCAUUGAUGAACUUUUGUGAGAAGGCAAGCAGAUCCUACAAAUGGAAACUUCUAGAAUAAAUCAAGGUCUGUUGUUACUUAUAAAUUAUGGACAACAACACUGAUGCACUUCAGAUUAAAGCCUUGAAUCUGUCUGUCUUUCAGUCAACCUAUCAUUCUGUCUAACUUUCUGCCUUUCUAACAAACGUCUUCACUUUAUAUUUUGAAGAUACUGGUCUGUCUAACAGUCUAUCUAUAUCUCUGCCUAUAUCUUGCUGUCUAACUAUUUAGUAUCUCUUUUGCUCUUCUGCCUGUAUUUGUUUAUAUGUUCAUCUAACACUUUAUAACAAACUCUGUAUCUAAGCACCUAUCAUCUCUCUUCCAUUCAGUCUGCCUAUAUCUUAAUUUAACAAUGUCUACAUCUGUCUCUUUAUCUAACAAACAGUCUGUAUCUCUUUACAUCUGUUUGUCUACACAUCUCUAUCUCUAUCUCUCUUUCUAACAUAUCUAUGUCUCUUUAACUGUCUAUCAAACAAUCUGUCUUUUUGUCUGCCUAUAACCAUUUUUGUUUAGCAGUGGCUGUAUUUGUCUGUCUAAAGAUCUGCCUACAUUUCUGUCAGUUUAUAUCUCUGUCUAGCAAACUGAUUAACAAUCUGUCUAUAUCUCUCUCUGUCUAACCAACUGUCUGUCUGUCUUGCAAUCUAUCUAUAGGCUAUCUCUCAGCCUCUCUAGCUGUCUGUAUCUCAUUCUGUUCAAUGUCUUUAUCAGUCUGUCUAACAGUCUUUCUAUAUCUCUGCCUAUAUCUUGCUGUCUAACUAUUUAGUAUCUCUUUUGCUCUUCUGCCUGUAUUUGUUUAUAUGUUCAUCUAACACUUUAUAACAAAAUCUGUAUCUAAGCACCUAUCUAUCUCUCUUCCAUUCAGUCUGCCUAUAUCUUAAUUUAACAAUGUCUACAUCUGUCUCUUUAUCUAACAAACAGUCUAUAUCUCUUUACAUCUGUUUGUCUACACAUCUCUAUCUCUAUCCCUCUUUCUAACAUAUCUAUGUCUCUUUACCAGUCUAUCAAACAAUCUGUCUUUUUGUCUGCCUAUAACCAUUUUUGUUUAGCAGUGGCUGUAUUUGUCUGUCUAAAGAUCUGCCUACAUUUCUGUCAGUUUAUAUCUCUGUCUAGCAAACUGAUUAACAAUCUGUCUAUAUCUCUGUCUGUCUAACCAACUGUCUGUCUGUCUUGCAAUCUAUCUAUAGGCUAUCUCUCAGCCUCUCUAGCUGUCUGUAUCUCAUUCUGUUGAUGUCUAUAUCAGUCUGUCUGACAGUCUUUCCAUAUCUCUGCCUAUAUCUUGCUGUCUAACUAUUUAGUAUCUCUUUUGCUCUUCUGCCUGUAUUUGUUUAUAUGUUCAUCUAACACAUCUGCCUACAUCUCUGUUUGUUUAUAUCUCUGUCUAGCAAACUGAUUAACAAUCUAUCUGUAUCUCUGCCUCUGUUUGUCUAAAUCUGUCUGUAUCUCUUCAUAUCUGUCUCUCUCCUUCUCUCACACUCUUUGUAUACAGUCUGCCUGUCUAACAAUCCAUCUAUAUCUUUCUAACGAACUAUCAAUGUCUUUAUCUCUUUAUCUGUCUCCUUGUCUAUCUUUAAUCUUUUUAUCAUCAAUUUGCUCCAACAAUGUCUUUUUACUCUCUCUCUCUUUCUCGUUCUUUCUCUCUUGAUUCAAGGUUUCUUUCUCAGUGUUGACAGUUGUUGUGUGUCAUGAAGUAGUUGGAUAUGUGUUCAUUCUCAGUGCAGAUGUGAACAAAUGUAAUAAACAGGGAUCUUAAUUCAUCGGACUGGCAAUAAUAUGAAAUGAGAGGCCAAAGUGAACACAUCAUAGACACAUUAGAGAUGGUUAUUUAAGUGUUACUGAUUGUCAUUCUCCAUCAGAGAGCAUUGUGUCACACUAACAGACUUAUGCACUUGAUUACAGGCUUAAUUAACAGACUUAGUCAUUUUCUUCAUAAUUUGUAAAAGAUAGUGGAGUUGAUGCUGAUGCAGUAGCAGGAUGUGUCAUGAGUGUGUUUUGUAGUUACUUUGUAAGCAGACUAUCAGCCAACAACAUGUCUGACUCAGGCUCCUGUUCUCACUGAAUUAUCAGCUGAUAUUUUGCCUUUUUCGCCACCCUGACAGCACACAAGCUCAACGUUGCCGAGACAUCAGUGUAUUAGUUUUCAUAUACCAUAUGUCUCUAAAAUGUUUCCUGUCUGAUGUUAUACUGACAUUUAGCAGUUUAUCACAUUCAUGAUUGUGAAAUUUUUGUGAAUCAGAUAUUUUCAAAAUGUUUAUACACGAUAUUUAGAACUUUAUGCGUUCUUCAACAGGCAUCUCGGCAUCGUACGUGUGUUUACUGCGGUAUCAAUGAAGUGCUUUUAAUAGGCUACAGUCUGUGUCGUGUGCAUUACAGUAUGCCUGCGAGAUCAUCUUUAUAAGUUGACCUCAACCACAGGACUGCUGCUUUAUUUUGUGUUAUUUCAUUAUUUGGAACGGACCAUAGACCGGUCAUGCUAAUGUCCUAUAGAGCCCCUUGUGGCAAAGCUGAGAACGCACUCGCACUUGCAUUUACCAGUUGCAUUGUGAAAAAUUUUGGAAGAAGUCUUUGUGUUUACAUAUUUGCUUGGAGUAAGUUUUGGGCCUAGUACGAGCAGAUAAAAAAAAAAAAUCUGUGAAAACAACGCAGUGAAUGUGUGCUGCUCAUGUUAAAAAAUUACAGGUCCAUUAGAGCAGACGUGGGCUAGUUGUCGCUUUUUUUUUUUUUUACUGUAGUGACUAUUCUCAGGGGUUUAUUUUUAAUCAGUUUCUGUAUAGACAUAAACCUUAAAAACUUGAGAAAACUUUUGAGAUAUUUUUAGCAGUACUGUCCUGGAAAAAAACAAAAACAAAAAAACAGUUCAUUCAAUAUAGUGGCAUGUUGUCAUACUGGAUGAAGUAAGAUUUCAGGCUCUUUAAAUUCCUUUUCACUAGAAUUUAAAUCUUAAAGCAUUUUAACACACACAUCAUAGAAAACUACAAAUGUCAGUGUGGUUUUGAGUUUACUUGUGCAACCUUUAUUACAAAAUUAUAAUAUUCCCUGUGACAACUAGCCCCGGUCUCCUGUAUUUGUUACGUAAGAAGUAAAACCAGCAAGUUAAGUUAUAAAUGGACAACAUUUGUGUGUGUGACUUUUCUAAAGUAAAAUCUUCUUAAGGAUACUAUGUUCCAUCCAGUUUAUUUUGCAUUCAGUUGGAAACCGUCCACAUCACUGUACUGAAUAAAGUGCUGAUAUGUUCAGAUGAGGAAGCCUUAUGUCCAUGUCCUUUUGUGGAUACAAGUUUCAAAGGUGGCAGUAUUACUACUGAUAUUCUGAGUGCUCACUGAGAUGGUUGCUUUGGAGCGGUGUCAUUAUUUUUCGGUAUUUUCUGAGGUUGUAUGUGCAAACUAGCUGAUUGAUGUGUGUGUUUAAUAUGAAUAUAAACAGCCACAUGUCCAGGAUAACACUGAUAAAACUGCUUAUGAAUUAAAUCAUGUCUUUGCUGCUUAUUUUACUGUUGCAUACAUGAUGUUACAGUGCAAAACAUUGUUUUUCAAACAUACACAGCACACCGUUUGAAUAUUUCAUACAUUCAUUGCAUUUUCUUUAUGUAUCUGCUAACCACUUAAAGCAUAAAUUGUUGAAAAAGAAUUUGAAAUGUCAUUCUCUGAAUUAAUGUGACUUCAGUUUAUAUAUAAAAAUAAAAUAUUU